UUUGAAGUCUGGUAAUACUUAGCUGAUAUAUUUUUGGUUUUGAAAGAAAUAAUGUGGAAUAUUCGAAAUUUGCUGCAUAUAUUAAUUUGUUCUGUCUACUAAAUCUACAUUAACGCAUGGACCUGAAAGCUCUUUUAUUGAAUUCCAUUUCGAGUAAACAACCUCUACUGCUUAAUAGACGCAUGCAUAUCGGGAAAUGCUGUUACUCAGUCACCUUUGAGGUUGAUGGCAAAAUGUUAAACGUUAUACGCAUAAGACAAGUCUACACUAAGGCUCCGUUUCAAAUGCGUGUGCAACGACGUCAACGAUUCCUGCAGAAACUGAAAAGCUGCUCUUCGCUUAGCGUCAAUUCCGACCUAAAGCCGAAAGAUUCACCAACACGUACAAUCAUUCCGCAAUUUGCCGAUUGCUCAACCCAAACAUCGAAACCGCAAAUGCGCAGUCGCUCAACCGAGACGGAAGUUCACACACUUCCGGUACAUCGCGAACAGCAGACCAGUCGUCGUGUGUUGCGCAAGCAAAGCACCCAAACCGACCCGAAUACUUUGUGUCAUGGCGUACAAACCGAGCAUAGAAUAUUGGCACGAGCGACCCAGACUAACGAAAGUUGCGCCGAAGCGACACCAACUCAAACCGAAUACUAUUGCUAUAACAAUCAGGUGCAAACCGAACCGAUCGAGGAUGACAUAAGUGCCGAGCACGAAAAGGAGGCGGUUGUAUUUAUGUUAAACGAAAUCGGCGAAAUGAUUAUCAAUCAGAAUCAUUUGCUGCAGAACAAUACUACAAUGUUGAGUCAGAUGUCGGAGAUGGCGCUUUUGAAUAAGGUGGCAGCACAGAAAAAAAACUCCCAGAAACAUGAGAAAAAACACAAAUUUCAGCGUUUUACUCGAAAGCAUGGUAGAUUACGUUAUACACCCAUGCCGUCGAAGUCAGUGCCGGUUGACAAAAGAAAUCAAUGGGCGCAAACCAUUUAUCCCAUAGGCCUCUCCACAAAAACGACACAAACGCGUCAAGAAAUCCAGAGACGCAAACGUUUCAGUCUCUUUUGUUUUAAAUUAUGACUAAAUUCGUUUUGAUUUAAACAUACAUCUUAGAGCCAAAGAUAUUAACCGAUAUGGUACAUAGCGUCGAACUUAACGUGCUAUGAUUGUAAUACAAAUUAUCUUAAAUUUACUAAUUUUUCUAUAUGUAUAUUUUAUACACAACAACUUUUAAAUGUUGUUCUAAUAAAAGCGCACCAAUAAAUCUUGGUUUUUUUU